GUCGAACUCCUACAUGCGGAGCUGGAAGAUACGACCGCUGCUUUGUCCUAUGGUAUUGAGAUUGUGGAGCAUUCUACCUGAGGCGGCGUUCCGUAGUUCUAUUUACCUUAGGACCUACAGCUUAGAUGAACGCCUUCUAGCAUGCAGUGAUACAGUAGAAGUUCGACAAGUCAGAUUCCAUCCGGGCAGCGUAGACCAAAAUCAUAUCCUUGUGUUGACCUCAGACAAUAUGUUAAGACUCUACCAAAUAGAGAAGAUGGAGGCAUUUGGUAUUGUAUGCUCAGUAUUCCCAGUUGGUGAGAAACCUUCAAGCUUUUUCCCUGGAAGCAAGACCCCUUUCUUAGAUAUCUACGGAGAACUAGCAGUAGAUUUCGAUUUCGGACACCCGGAGAUAUCUGAAAAUCUACAACAGCCUGAGGAAGAAGAAAGAAUUGUCUUCCAGUCCAGUCCAGUAAAAAGUGAAUCCAAAUACUUCAUAAAUGCGAAAACCCAAACUAUAGACAGAAUAAUUGCAAAGAGUUUUCCGGAGAGGAAGAAAGUAAAGGAAGGAUGGGAGAUCUUACAAUGGCCAAUCUACAUCUUACGAGGAGAUAUGACCGUUUAUUAUAUGUACAUCAACUUGAAUAGCAGAUCAUUGGCGCCACUAAAGGGGCCAAUUCCAUUAUCUUUAUUCGAAGCUAAAGAAAACGAAGCAUGUUCAUUAAUUUGCCUCAAUACGAAUCCUCAAAUCAUUUGCAUAGCUUUGUCCAGCGGUACGAUCUGCCAUGGUGUGAUUUUGAAAAUUGAUGAAGAACUUCAAGAACAGCUAAAAACAAGUGCCCAAUCAUUAAACAAAGUUCCGUCUAAGGAAAUUAUGUCGUUUGAGACUGUUGAGCUUGAACUGGGCUUGAAGACGAGCGAUGAAGAUAUUGAGAUCAAGCCGCACAAGUUUCCCAUUUUCUUAUAUAGGGAUGAAUGCAAACCGGGGAGAUACUUCGCAACGCAUAGUGCAGGAGUACACAUGGUCACCAUCAAUUGUGUAGAUGGAUUACAAGCCUUUGCAAGCAGUGAAUCUGAUGAUGUGGAUCCUCCUCCAGACUUAUUAGAGGAGCCCAGCAAAGCAGAAUACCUAGUUUGUACAAAAACGGCGUCAUUGGAGAAAGUAAACCCAGUAAUAGGUUUUUCUAUCUACUACAAACCUGCAUCAAUUAUGGUUCUGCUAGCAGACGGAAGUUUCAUAACACUUGAACUACUGUAUACUCCUAUUUUACCUGCGAUGGGAGAUGGUAGCAAUUCUUCUCUGAAAGAGUUGCUGAAAGAGCCAUUUGACCAGUACAUUCAGAACAUUCUGAAAAAAGCUUCUUCACAACCAGUACUCAAAUUACCGGCAGGUGGAGAACAAAAUCUGGAGCAAAGCUAUGAGAUUCUUAAAAGAACAGCAAAGGUGUUUAGAGAGGAAUACUUGAAACAACAUACGAAGGCCAGAGAAGAAUUAGAGAAGAGGGUAGAAACUUUAACCCUCAUAAAGAAAAAUCAACAAGCCGAACUUAAGAAAAUCGAAAAGGAAAAAGAGCAGUUGCAUAAGAAUGCGAGUCUUUUAACGGAGAAGUAUGAAGACAUUAAGAUCAAACAGAAUGAGAUUCAUAGGAGAUGUGAACGUCUCCUAAUGCUUAUCUCUAAGAAGAGAAAUAAACCAACAGGUGCUGAACAAGCGUUCAUAAAAGAUUAUCAAGAGAUUAGUGAAAAAAUUUCAAAGUAUUUUGACCGAAUAGGCAAGUUCAAGCAAAGAAUGAGGUAUCAAGAAGUACAGAUGCAAAACUGGAAAUCGCCGGAAGUAAAGAAAGUCUCGUCCAUAAACGUAACGACGAAAACUAUCGCUGACAUGAUGCAGGAGGUGAAGGAUAUCAUGGAGCGUUUCAAUUUGAGUCCAGUUUGAGUGCCUAUAUUUUUUAUUUUUGUAUUAUUUUUUAACUAUUGUACCUUGUUUGAUACUAGCUGUAUAAUAAAAACCAUUUUAUAUCAUAAUUAUAUAAGAAUUAAUAACCUCGUAAUAGUACUUAAUCUACGUUUAUAGGAAAAUUAGAUAAAAUUAUUACGACACGUCCAAUAUA